AUGGCCGACAAUCCGGACGUCCCCAACACCCAAAAGGCCUUCGUGCCCCUCGAGAACAACCCAGAAGUCAUGUCCCACCUAGUCCAUCAACUAGGCCUCCCCUCCAGCCUCGGCUUCACAGACGUCUACUCAAUCGACGAACCAGACCUCCUAGGCUUCGUCCCACGCCCCUCCCACGCCCUCCUCCUCGUCUUCCCCGUCUCCCAAACCUACGAAGCCUCCCGCAAAACAGAAGACACCGCCCUACCCGACUACACCGGCUCCGGGCCCUCCGAGCCCGUAAUGUGGUUCAAGCAGACCAUCCGCAACGCCUGCGGCCUAAUCGGACUCCUCCACGCCGUGGCCAACGGCGAACCCCGCCAGCACGUCACGCCAGGCUCGGAUCUAGACAAUCUGCUCCGUGAAGCAGAGGGACUGACGCCGGUGCCGCGCGCUGAUCUUUUGUACGAGAGUAAGGCGCUGGAGAGUGCGCAUGCGGAUGCCGCGAGGUUGGGGGAUACGGCGGCGCCAGAGGCGGAGGAUAAUGUUGAUUUGCACUUUGUGGCGUUUGUGAAGGGUCUUGAUGGGACGCUUUGGGAGCUGGAUGGGCGGAGGAAGGGGCCUUUGGCUAGGGGAACGUUGGGUGAGGAUGAGGAUGCGCUUAGUGAGGCUGCGCUUGAGUUGGGAGUGCGUCGGUUUUUGAAGAUGGAGGCGCAAGGGGGGAAUCCUGAUUUGCGGUUUAGUCUGGUUAGUUUGGGGCCGGUCUUUGAUUGA